AUGAAGAUCCUCGACCCCCAAGCUGCAGUCCUCACCAAUGUCGAGGUACUAGCCUACCUGACUGCAAACCCGCCCCGCCGUCCUCCGAGUCGGCCUCCAAAUGCGCGUCAAUGGGUUCCAAGUCCAGACCUGAGAGACCACAACACAGUCGUUAAAGAGUUCCACAACUACGUAACCCGCAUCUCCCCCCACCUCCUAAAAUACCCCCGCUACACAUCCCGCCCCAACUCCUCCCACUCCCAAACCCAAGCAGCAAUGACGCGAACAAUGCGCCCAACCACCACCACCACCACCGACCCCGAAUCCUUUUCCACAACCCUCCCACCACCACCCUCCAAAGACUCCACACCCAUGGACCACGCAAUCCGCGAACUAGUCCUCAAACUGCGCCCCUAUGGCCUGACGAAAGCCGAGGUCUUGACGAUCAUGAACCUGGGUAUUGGUCUCUCCGCGGGGUCAUCGGAGGAUCAGGGUGGUGGUGUUAAUGGGGAGGGGGUUAUGGAUGUUGAUGGGGGACAUGGGCAUGUUAAUGGUGAUGGUGAAGGGGGUGUGGAGGGGGAGGAAGGUGAGGGUGGUGAGGAGGCUGAUUAUGGUGCUUUAGCGCUGUUUGAUGCUGUUAUUGAGGAGAGGGAGGAGAGGAUUUCGGAGGAGGAUCUUGUUGCUAUUUUGGGGAUUAUUCGGGAGACGCUUGGGGAGGGGUAUAGGGGGUGA